ACCCUCUCCUGUAAGGUCAGUGGGUUCUACCCCGGGACAUCACCGUGACCUGGCUGAGAAAUGGGGAGAGCAGACAGCAGGAGACCUACUCUGAAGGCAUCCUACCCAGUGGGGACGGGACCUACCAGACCUGGGUGAGAAUGGAGAUUGAUCCCAAGAUCAAAGCCCAUUAUUCAUGUCACGUGGAGCAUGAAAGCCUGUUAGAGCCACUCUCCGUCUCCUGGGAACCAAAUAAUCUGAUUCCCACUGUGGCUGGAGUUAUCACUGCAGUUGUCCUGGUUGGUGUAAUAAUCGGAGUAGUCGUCUGGAAAAAGAAACGCCCAGGGAAGAAGGGAGACGGCUAUGCUGUAGCUCAGGCAAAUGACCAAGGAUCUAGUGGCUCUGACCUAUCUGCCCAGGCUUAACAGAGCCUGGUGGAGUCCGUGCCACGGCCUGAGGGGACCCCCGAGAGGAAGACGGAUGAGCUCUGCUCUGUCUCCCUGCAAGAACCAGUCAACCCCUCCCUAGCUUUUCUCUGGCACUUGGAGCGUCCCGUGUGGGAUUUCCGGCCUCGUCUCUCUGCUCACUGAACCAUGUUUUGCUUUCCAGAUGUCAUAGUUUUCUGUAAUAAUGUUUUAUUUGCACAAAAUAAUUUCCAACAUUUUAAUGGAUAAAAACUCUGUUAGUCAGAGUUCAGUGUUUGCCCCAUUCAGUGUGGGCACGCCGUCCUCUGGCUGCGCGGUGCGGUGAGCUAGGUCUGUCAGCAGUAACUGCUUGUGCGUCUGUGGUGGGGACGGCUUUUUUUUCUGUCGAAUUUCAUGAUUAUAACAUGGUAAAUGGCCGGGUCUACUCGCAGCUGGUCGCGCUGUUGCCAUCAUCAGCUGAGGACGUCUGUUGGACAGGAAUAAGUGUCUGUGUUUAGUUUGUAAGUGCCUCUAACGUCCUUUUCACCAUUCAUAGAGCCAUAGAAAUGCUGGGCUAGAAGGGCCCUCAAGAGAUCAUCAAGUCCAGCCCCAAUCUCAGGCAGCACCAAGUUAACCUAGACCAUCCCUGACAGGUGUUUGUCCAACCUGUCCUUAAAAACCUCCAAUGACGGGGAUUCCACAUCCUCUCAAGGCAACCUGUGUGACGAAGUGGGAUAUUUUCCUAAUGUUGCAUAUGUAUACGGUGUGCCUCGGUUUCCCCCGUGUGCUGCAUGUCUAACCCAGGUGGGAGGUGGGGUGUCUGUUGUUUUAGAAGACCAGGUGUGACCCAGUCUAGCAGCCUGGACCCCAGACCAUGGCCUGGGCACUUUGUAACGUAGCGACUGAUGACCUGAAGGCCCAUCCCAACUUGGAGCCAGCCAGUUAUGGGCAGCGGAGAGAACAAAGAGCUGAAGAGAGAGUCACCUGGAGACCUGUUUGCCCGGGAAAGAAGACAGAUGGAAGUGGGGCCUUGGAGGUGAUAUGGGGUGGGCCGCAGAAAGGAGGAUUCACUUCUGGUCUGGGAACAAAGAGCGGCCUGAGCCCACCUGGAUGGGGACAGACCCUGAUGAACACCCCUGAGAAGGUCUUGUAAUCUGCUCCAGACGUACAAUAAACCCUUCUGUGCUGCGCUGGCUGAGAAUCGCUGCAGGCUCAAGAGAGGCAGGCAUGCUGGAGGCUCAGACGGGCGGUACUGGGAGGCGGAGGAGAAGCCUACAACUUAAACCCUGAGCAAAGAGUGUGACCUCAUGUAGGCUCAAUACUCUGAAAGGCCGGUUCCCAUACGGAGCCAAGAGGGCACUGGCCUGUGAGUCUGUGACAACCUGUCCCACACUGAACUGUCCUUAGAGCUAGAGAGUUUUCCUAAUGUCUAACCUAAAUCCCCCGUCUCCUACUGUCAGUGCACCUGGAGAACACUUGAUCACCGUCCUCUUCAGAGCAGCCCUUAAUGCCGGGGUAGAUAAUUAUUUUUUGUCAAGGUCCAAAUUUCUUGGUCACGAUAUAGCCACGGUCCAGACUCAAGAGAAACAUUUUUCACACCACAAGUGCCCUGUUCAACGACCGCCUGCAGUGCUGUGAAAUGUGCCCAGGGCCUAUAUUGUUUAUAUUCUUAGUGCAUUAAAUGAAAAAUAAAAUCAAGCCAUAGUAUAGCCUGAAAAUAACCUCCAAGAAAGAUAAUGAGGAGUCUGGUGGCACCUUAAAGACUAACCGAUUUGUUUGGGCAUAAGCUUUCAUGGGCCCACGAAAGCUUAUGCCCAAAUAAAUCGGUUAGUCUUCUUGGAGACCCCAGGGCAUGGCCACUAGUUAAGUCGAGGGGAUGGAAGGCAAUAAGGGUCGAGGAAGUCUCCCUGCUGAAGGCCGAAGGGCUUCUUCUCAACGCCCCUUAAUAGAAUUUAGGCCUGGCUGGUUUGAGUAAGCUCUUUUGCUCUUAAAACAAUGUUGCAGCCGCAGAUAAUGCCUUAUAGUGUAAGGUUUGCUGACGCCAAGUUAAAGAUAAUAGGAGAGAGAACUACAAGGCCAGGCAGGACGUGCUGGUUGUUUAAGUUGCUAGGAAUGCUUGUUAGCGGUUGCAGGAAGUAUACAUUGUUGUAACCCAGAUAAGGAAGGCAGAGUAUUUGUGUAAAGUUUUAAUUGGCUGAUGUGUAGUGCAGUAGCAUUAAGGAAUAUAAAAGUGUGUGUAAUGACCUGCUCUGGGUGCAGGAUUUGAGAUUCUAUUCUCCCUACACUUUGUUUGCAGCUGCAAAUAAACUUUUCUGCUUCUCCACCCCGUUGUGAUUAUUGAGUGACGCACACCGGGUAACGAACCCCUGCUGUUGUUUGGCCUCUGGGCACUGGGUGCUGGCAACAGUCUUUAAGGUGCCAUCGGACUCCUCGUUGUUUUUGGGGAUACAGGCUAACACGGCUCCCCCCGAUACUUGUCUCCAAGAAAGAUGUAAUUUAUCUGAAACGUUGAGAAAGUGUUUAGAAAAAUGUCAAAUAGAUGCAACUAUUAGCAUUAAAAUUACUUUCAGGCAACAGG